GUCAGUACAGUUUGAGUGGUCAGUGUAAACAGUACUAACGAGAAACAGUGGUUGUUCACGAUGAUGGAAGCUUCGGAGGCCGACCGCGACGAGCGGCAGCCCCUGGUUGCAGAUGAUGUAGGUGACGCAGUUUUAUUCUCCGGGAUGCAAGGGGAUGAUGAUAUCCCAGGAAUUGGCCAGUACGAUGACUUCCAUACAAUUGACUGGCAAAGGGACAUUGCAAGAGAUCGCAUGCGACACAGAUACAUAGUCAAGAAGAGACAGGACUCAAUAUGGGAUUUAAUAAAGGGCGCUCACGACGCGUGGUCGGGUUGGGUGUGCGUGUUGCUGGUGGGCGUAGCGACGGGCAUGGUGGCGGGCGUGAUCGACAUUGGCGCGUCCUGGAUGACUGAUCUCAAGUUCGGCAUCUGCCCCGCCGCGUUCUGGUUCAACAGGGAGCAGUGUUGCUGGUCCGACACAAACACCACCUUUGACAGCGGGAAUUGUUCACAGUGGUUGACGUGGCCGCAAGUGUUCGGCGACCGCGGCGACGGCGCCGGCGCAUACAUCAUCAGCUACCUGUUCUACAUCGUGUGGGCGCUGCUGUUCGCCGCGCUCUCCGCGUCGCUCGUCAGGAUGUUCGCACCGUACGCCUGCGGAUCCGGUAUACCCGAAAUUAAGACAAUCCUGAGCGGCUUCAUCAUUCGCGGCUACUUGGGCAAGUGGACGCUCAUCAUCAAGGUGGUGGGACUGAUCCUGUCGGUGUCCUCAGGCCUGUCCCUGGGCAAGGAGGGACCCAUGGUACACAUUGCCAGCUGCUUGGGUAACAUCUUGUCGUACCUGUUCCCGAAGUACGGUCGCAACGAGGCGAAGAAGCGCGAGAUCCUGUCGGCCGCAGCCGCUGCGGGCGUCUCGGUCGCGUUCGGGGCGCCCAUCGGAGGCGUGCUCUUCAGCUUGGAGGAGGUGUCGUACUACUUCCCGCUGAAGACGCUCUGGCGGUCGUUUUUCUGCGCGCUGAUCGCGGCGUUCAUCCUGCGUUCGAUCAACCCGUUCGGCAAUGAGCACUCGGUGCUGUUCUUCGUCGAGUACAACAAGCCGUGGAUAUUCUUCGAGCUGAUACCGUUCGUCGGUCUGGGUAUUAUUGGUGGCUGCAUAGCGACGAUAUUCAUAAAGGCUAACAUCUACUGGUGCCGGUACCGCAAGUACUCGAAGCUCGGCCAGUACCCCGUGACGGAGGUGUUGGUGGUGACGCUGGUGACCGCCAUCAUCGCUUACCCGAACCCGUACACGCGCAUGAACACCAGCGAGCUGAUCUACCUGCUGUUCAACCAGUGCGGCAUAUCCAACACGGACCCCUGUGGUGAGUGUCAUGCUGCACUUUGUGAUUACAACCGCAACUUCACCGACGCGAACUCGGCGAUCGAAAAGGCAGCUGCGGGGCCGGGCGUGCACCGCGCCAUCUGGCUGCUGGUCCUGGCGCUGAUCUCGCUGGUGAUGACCAUAUUUACUUUCGGCAUCAAGGUGCCGUGCGGUCUCUUCAUACCUAGUCUCGCGCUCGGAGCCAUCGCCGGCAGGAUUGUGGGCAUCGGUGUGGAGCAGCUUGCGUACCACUACCCAAAGAUCUGGCUGUUCUCGGGCGAGUGUUCGACUGGCGACGACUGCAUCACGCCGGGCCUGUACGCCAUGGUCGGCGCCGCGGCGGCUGGCGGUGUAACUAGGAUGACUGUGUCCCUGGUGGUGAUAAUGUUCGAGCUGACGGGCGGCGUGCGGUACAUCGUGCUGCUGAUGGCGGCCGCCAUGGCGUCCAAGUGGGUGGGCGACGCGCUCGGCCGCCAGGGGAUAUACGACGCGCACAUCGCUCUCAACGGAUACCCGUUCCUGGACAGCAAGGACGAGUUCCAGCACACGUCGCUCGCCGCCGACGUUAUGCAACCAAAGUAAGUGAUUAUAAAGUG